AUGGUAUUAGUGCAAGGCUCCUGGAAGAUUGUGCAAGAAGAAUGUAAAGCAGUUUCAAAAAGAGGUUCAGGAACACUACUCCAACAGAAAACCCAUGCAGAUUUUGUCAACUUCCGAUGGGAGAAUAUCUACCAACAACUGCAGAUGAUGUGUCCAGCACUUUUAUCUAUAAUAACAGCUACUGUGUCUGACAUUCCACCUGUUGUUGGAAGCAAACCAUUUCUUCAUGCUUUGCAAACUGUAGACAUAGCACUUCAUGGAAGAAGUCAGGAGAUGGCUGUUAUGCAGUACAUAAAUGGUUUUCUUUUAUAUCAUGGUGGAUGCACACAGCGGGACAUAGAAAGACUAUCUCAUGUAUCUCAGGUUGGGUUAACAGUACAUCCACUCACUAUAAAGAGAAAGCUACUUGACUGGCAGGAUGUGUUGGACAAAGAAAUUUUAAAGAUUCGGGAUUCUUGGGCUGAAGGAGGAAGUGUCAAAUAUCAAAUAAUUGGAGACAAUUGGGACAAGAACAUACUUCCAUCAUAUAGAACAUCGGAUCGGAAAACUAUUUCUCUUCAUCUGUUUCAUGUGUACGCCAUCGUGGAUAGAGUUAUCCCAACUGAACGUGGCUGUCAUGCUUCCGCACCACAUGACAUUGAAGUUGGAACCUUCAUUCCAUCCAUAGACGACCAAAAGAACUUGAUGAAAGAGCUAACAUUUAUUUUCUCCACAUCAGUCAUCGCAAAUCAUCCUGAAUUGCAGAAAAUAUAUAGAAAGAUCUACCCAAAGCAUUUGGAACAUAAAUAUUCUCACUGUGUUGGAAAUAAAACAAAACAAUACCCACUUGGACUUUUUGAUUGCAACGAGAAUAAAACACCUGAGUUGAUUCGGCUUUUGAAAACGUUAUCUGUUUAUGUCCCAUGCAAGGAUGGAGAAGUAGUGGAAUCUGUCUUUUUAGGAGGUGACAGGUUAACAGAUGAACGAGUGCAAGCAGCUCAGAAAGCUAUGGCUAAUGCUGAAACACCGCUGCAAAAAUUACAAGGCUUUGUGUCCAAAAUUGAGGACUUCCACAGACUCAUGAAUUUCUUAGAGGCUAUACACAAACUGACAUAUUCAACCAAGAGUGCUGUGGACCAAGGCACAGUAUAUUACUAUCGGAACCUCCUGAACAUGAGAAAUGUGAAAGGGCAAGUGUAUAAUGCCUACAGAGCAUACAAGAUGCUGUACUAUGUGAUCCUGGAUGCCAUCUGUUUGCUACUUUUCCUGAAUUUCUUUGACGUUCCAGACAUUGAACAUGCAAUUGAACUGCCAAGAAACUUUGCAGCUAUGUCAGAUGAAGAAAAAAUAGAGUACAUUGACUCUGUUAGUGAAAACAUUCUGAGGAAGUAUUUUUUUGACAGUACAGAUGACAUUUUUCAGAAUUUACGUAACAUUGUGUGUGACCCACAACACCCAGAAAACUAUUGGACAUCAACACUAGAGGGUGGAAGAUUUAAAUGUCAUCAUUGUGACAAAACAUAUGCACGUGUUCUCUCUUUACAAACCCACGAAGAGAAGGUUCAUGACAUUCACAUUGCAAAGCCAUAAAAAAAACCGAAGAAUAAAACUCAAGACCAAAUGCACGAUUACCUUGUCAUGCUGUUUAAGCUUGUUAUUUUGCACAAGAAUUUAGACACUGCUGUUGAUAUGGGUGACGGUGAGAGGGCUGUAAAAUCAGCAAAAUAUGAACUUUCUGUCUACCAUCUGACAAACAAAGUAAAGUAUUCUAUUGGCUCGAUUCAUUUGAUAUCGUUAACAUCUGGCAUUCUCCCUGAUGACCAAAAGGAACGCCUAGUAGCCAACCGCUUCGUAAAUUUACAAGGUGGAAAAAACAAGAAUGUGUCAUUGGACGAAUACCUUGAAAUGUUAAAUAGGGACAGCAAGAUUGCUUGCUCUGGCCAUAAAACAAAAGAAAGCAUCCUUGCCCAUUCAAAGGAAUAUCCCCACUUAAUAAAUUUAGUUAGUGACUUUGAUGUUAUUACUGAAAUCCAUAGCAGAAAGGGCUUCCAUCACAUCCCUAGUUACAAGGAAGAUGUUUUAAAGGUCUUAAAAGAUUUACAAAAUACUAAUAUGCUUUCUAUUGUUCCAAAUCGAAAAUUCAAGUCUCAAGAUAUUUCAGUGGACAAAAACCCA